UUCACUGUUUAGUAGUACUCAAAACUGCCAGUGUGAGAGGAUUUGGAAAUCACGGGAUCUGCUCAAUACAAAAAUGUUUUUUUGAGUCUUUCUCCAUUUUAUCAGGAGUCUUUCUGCCACUGCAGUGGAUUUCCUUCCUGUGAUGGUGCACCGGCUCCCAGUUUUCAAAAGGUACAUGGGAAAUACUCCUCAGAAAAAAGCUGUCUUUGGGCAGUGUCGGGGUCUGCCAUGUGUUGCACCGCUGCUGACCACAGUGGAAGAGGCUCCACGGGGCAUCUCUGCUCGAGUCUGGGGACAUUUUCCUAAGUGGCUCAAUGGCUCUCUACUUCGAACUGGACCUGGGAAAUUCGAGUUUGGGAAGGAUAAGUAUAAUCAUUGGUUUGAUGGGAUGGCACUGCUUCACCAGUUCAGGAUGGCAAAGGGCACAGUGACAUACAGGAGCAAGUUUCUACAGAGUGAUACAUAUAAGGCCAACAGUGCUAAAAACCGAAUUGUGAUCUCAGAAUUUGGCACACUGGCUCUCCCGGAUCCAUGCAAGAAUGUUUUUGAACGUUUCAUGUCCAGGUUUGAGCUGCCUGGUAAAGCUGCAGCCAUGACUGACAACACUAAUGUCAACUAUGUGCGGUACAAGGGUGAUUACUACCUCUGCACUGAGACCAACUUUAUGAAUAAAGUGGACAUUGAAACUCUGGAAAAAAGAGAAAAGGUAGAUUGGAGCAAAUUUAUUGCUGUGAAUGGAGCAACUGCACAUCCUCAUUACGACCCAGAUGGAACAGCAUACAAUAUGGGGAACUCCUUUGGGCCAUAUGGUUUCUCCUAUAAGGUUAUUCGGGUUCCUCCAGAGAAGGUGGACCUUGGGGAGACAAUCCAUGGAGCCCAGGUGAUAUGUUCUAUUGCCUCUACAGAGAAGGGGAAACCUUCUUACUACCAUAGCUUUGGAAUGACAAGGAACUACAUAAUUUUCAUUGAACAACCUCUAAAGAUGAACCUGUGGAAAAUUGCCACUUCUAAAAUUCGGGGAAAGGCCUUUUCAGAUGGGAUAAGCUGGGAACCCCAGUGUAAUACAUGGUUUCAUGUGGUGGAUAAACGCACUGGACAGCUCCUUCCAGGGAGAUACUACAGCAAACCUUUUGUUACAUUUCAUCAAAUCAAUGCCUUUGAGGACCAGGGCUGUGUUAUAAUUGAUUUGUGCUGUCAAGAUAAUGGAAGAACCCUAGAAGUUUACCAGUUACAGAAUCUCAGGAAGGCUGGGGAAGGGCUUGAUCAGGUCUAUAAUUCAGCAGCCAAAUCUUUCCCUCGAAGGUUUGUUUUGCCUUUAAAUGUCAGUUUGAAUGCCCCUGAGGGAGACAACCUGAGUCCAUUGUCCUAUACUUCAGCCAGUGCUGUGAAACAGGCUGAUGGAACGAUCUGGUGCUCUCAUGAAAAUCUACAUCAGGAGGACCUAGAAAAGGAAGGAGGCAUUGAAUUUCCUCAGAUCUACUAUGAUCAAUUCAGUGGCAAAAAGUAUCAUUUCUUUUACGGCUGUGGCUUUCGGCAUUUGGUGGGGGAUUCUCUGAUCAAGGUUGAUGUGGUGAAUAAGACACUGAAGGUUUGGAGAGAAGAUGGCUUUUAUCCCUCAGAACCUGUUUUUGUUCCAGCACCAGGAACCAAUGAAGAAGAUGGUGGGGUUAUUCUUUCUGUGGUGAUCACUCCCAACCAGAAUGAAAGCAAUUUUCUCCUAGUUUUGGAUGCCAAGAACUUUGAAGAGCUGGGCCGAGCAGAGGUACCUGUGCAGAUGCCUUAUGGGUUCCAUGGUACCUUCAUACCCAUCUGAUGGGACAACCACAAGGUCUGGAAACUAGGUUUAAAAUAAGUGUGCACUUGGACAUAAAGACUGGAGAAAUAAACACUGAGGACUCCAAAAGGGGGGCAAGGAGGAAGACGGGCAGGGGUUAAAAAGCUACCUAUUGUAUACUAUGUUCCCUAUUUGGGUGAUGGGUUCGCUAGAAGCCCAAACCUCAGCAUCACACAAUAUACUCAUGUAACAAGCCUGCACAUGUACCCCAGAAUCUAAAAUAAGAAUAAAAAGAAAAACAAA